AUGGUUGAACUCAUUAAUCCUCCCGACCCUCGCGCUCUGCUCCCGCCUUUGCUUGCUUGUCUCCCCGCAGCGUUUGUCUCGCCACGUCCGCCGCCAGCUCUCUUGCCUCUGCUCUCCCCAAUUUUGCGCCAGCGUGUCCAAAUCCUCACAUCCGUCUCUACCUCCCCAUCCGAGUCAUGGCUCCAGCUACUCUGCUGGGACGCCGCCAAAGCAGAACGCCUGCAGAGCGUUGUGGAUGGCGCUGAAUUCGAGCCACACCCCGUUUCUGGCGAGAUUGAUCUCCCCGAGGAGAUCCCGGUGACAUACAAGCGAAUCGACGAUGAGACCCUCCGCGCCCAGCUCGUCCUACCUGACUACAAUCUGACAGUGCUCUACUUGUGGUGCCCCACAGACGAAGAAGGCGGCGGUCGUGGCUGGCGUGUCGCCGAACUGCUUCCCCGAGAAGCCCCCGCCGAGGAUGAAAAGAGCUGGGCAUCUUCAAUUGGGGAAGCGAAUACCGCUGCCAAGGAAAAGCUCUUCUCCGAUGCCCUGGAUGUACCGAGUAGCGGGGCAGCAACAGCAAAGAAUAGCGAGCAGCCUCGACCAGCCCAGCCUGAGGAGGAAGAGGACGACGAUGCAGAUUACUGGGCCCAGUACGAUGCAACCCCGAGCCGAACACCAGGGCCCAAGACGCCAGCCCCGCAGGGCGCGUCGGCUCUGAGGCCGUCCGGCCUCUCAGAGGCAUCGUACUUUUCUCAGUAUGGCGAGGUCCAGCCCGCUAUGGAUAGUCACGACCCAGCCGAGGAGCACGCGGAGGUGGGACCUACAUCUCUGAAUGGGGACAUCUUAGCCACCCUCCUCCGACGGCAGACAGGCGAGGCUGACAAGGAAGAGAAGCCACGGACCAAUGGGUAUGCAAAUGGGGAUGUUCCCAGUGAUAAUGCCGCUAGGGAAUUGAACCACCCGCGGCCCUCAUCUGGGUCUAUCUCCUCUGCCAGCUCUGAUCCCGUAGCCCGGCUAGAGCAGGAGGCUGCGAGCCAGUCGAGCUAUGAGGUUGGGGUGAAGCAGCACAUUGGAUCUAGUAUCAAGGGUUGUUCCGUCUGGCUAAGGCGACAGGAAUGA